UUUCGCGACUAUCACCCUGAGAAAUUUUCUGGGCAGGGAGACCCCCGUAUCGUGGACGAGUGGAUUCAGGGCCUUGAGUUGAUCUUCGAGGUCAUGGAUUUUCCAGACAGAUAUCGCGUAAUCUGCGGUCAGCUUCCGCUAACCGGCAAUGCCCGGCUCUGGUGGAAUGCCUACUGGAGCAUGCGUCCCGGCAAGAAGACGGGAUGUACAUGGGAUAGGCUCAAGGAGCUGAUCCGCGAGAAGUACUACCCCACCUACUACAGAACAGAGAUGGAGCGGCAGUUCCUGUCGCUCAAGCAGGGUACUCGUUUUGUUGACAGUUACGAAAGAGAGUUUACCAGACUUGCAGUUUAUGUUCCUGAUUUGGUUCGCACGGAGGCACAGAGAGCACAACGCUUCAUCGACGGGCUUUACCCAGCAGUCCGUCACAAUAUUAUAGGUCACGGGACCCAGACGUAUGCUCGUGCAGUUUCUAUUGCCCAGGAGGUGGACGCCAGCAUCAGGAGGGAGGUUGUCCGUGAUCGUUCUCAGCCGUCCGCCCCCGCCCAGUCAUCCACAGCUCCACCAGCCCUACCAGUUGCUCAGCAGACGAAGGAGAAGAAGAGGAAAGGGAAGGGUGCUCAAACCGACAGGAGGACCCGACAGAGACAUCAGCAGGUUCUACCGUGCCCGACUUGCGGACGACUUCAUCGCGGAGAGUGCCACAUUGGCCAGGAUUUUUAUUACUACUGCCACGAGCCCGGACAUUUU